AUGAGGAUGCGACAGUUGGAGCUAAUCGAGGACGACAUGGUCAACUGGGAGCCCAGCGGGGAGAAAGGAGUUGAACCGAAGAGAGAACAGGAAAAGUCGCGAGAACAUCAUCGAAAUGCCGAAGAUACAACCAAGCAGACUGCGGAGUCCUUUAGCAGCUGGCGAAGGCAGAAGAACCCGCGACAAUCAACAACGGAGACCUUGAAGACCACCGUCAAGGUUGCAAAACGGAGAAGGGUUGGCGUUAUUUGA